UCCAAAUUAAUCAAACUUAGCGUUACAACAUUUCCUAAACAAGUGUCUUAAUCACAAACAACUACCAUUAAUUAGGUCUGCCAGAAUUAGGGGAUAAUACACCACCAUAACUCCACUCAAGCACACAAUCACCACAAAUCCUUUCAAAUCCACACGAUUCAUUCACAAAUCAAACCGUUAAAUCUCAAAUUUACACCUCACAAAACCUAGAUCUACAACCAAAUCACUGUAAUUUCACUAUUUCAUGAACCGAUGACAUCAUCAGGUAGAUAAUACGACGUCGUUACAGGCGGUGGUGUAAAAUGAACGUCAGUCAUCCGUCGGUGCAUCCGGUUGAAGCGGCGCCGUUGCCUCCGGCCGACGGACGCGCCGUUGUGCCGCCGCGAGUGAGGAUGAAGGUUAUUCAAGGUAUGCCGGGGACGAUCGGCGGUUUAAGCUUGCGGUUUUGUCAGUUUGCGUACGCCGUCGUUUCGCUUGCGGUUAUGGCGUCAACUAGUGAUUUUCCGUCGGUUACUGCCUUCUGCUACCUUGUUGCUGCUGUUGCCCUUCAGAGUAUGUGGAGCCUAUCACUUGCUAUUCUUGACAUUCAUGCUCUUUUGGUUGGCCGGACCUUGCAGAACUAUAGAGUUGUUAGUCUCUUUUCUAUUGGUGACGGGGUGACAUCAACUCUAACAUUUGCAGCAGCAUGUGCAUCUGCUGGUAUUACAGUUCUUAUUGGUAAUGAUCUCGGUCUGUGUUCUCAAAAUCACUGCAAGCAGUUUGAGACUGCUACUGCUAUGGCUUUCCUUAGCUGGUUUGCUGCAUUACCCUCGUUUCUUCUCAACUUUUGGUCACUGUCAUCCCGCUAAUCACGAAAUAAAAUCGUCAUUUUGAAACUCUGCUUUUUGUUAUGAUCACGCCAUUCGUGUUUCCCUGUGUAGUUUGUGUGGCUUUUAUUGUUUUGAUUUAAAGAAAGAAUCACGUGGAUGCCGUGGGCCCAUUGAUGUAUAUAUGCGUGUUUAGUUCGUGGAUUUGAAUGCAACAGAGGAAGUUAAGUUCGUGUUGCAAUUCAUGUUUUUUGGUCUGUCACGGAAUGAGAUUUCGUGGAUCGAAUCUCCAGACAAUUGUUGCCUAUACAUCUAAUUCCUAUAUAUUGUUUACUGAGCAAUUUUUUA